GUUAUUAAAAAAAAAAAACUAGAUGGCUUGCGUCCUUUUUCGCGUCUGCAGUUUCUGAAUUUAAUAUUGUAGUUUAUGGUUCCAAUUCUGAUUAUUGUUUAACAUUAAGUGAAUAUUUAAGCCGUUCAGCAUGCAUUACUGUUUGGCGGACAUUGCCAUCCUCCGGAGUGUUGUGGCCUCAGUGGAGGGAACCGGCGGAGCAACCUUCAAAUAUCAAGGCCAAAACUACUUCCAGCUUGACGAAAGCCUGAACGUGAAAACUUUCCUCAAAGAUGUGAGUCGUAUCCCAGAGUAUGAACUCCACCAACGAACGGAAGCUUCGGACAGUGAAACGGUUUAUCUGAGUUUGUUCCUCCGGCGCUUAAGGCAAGAAGAAUGGAACGACUUUGGAUGCCUUGAGCAGCGCAAAAGAAUGGUGAGAGAGUUUUUCGAGGAGCUGGAACGACAUGAUUUUGUGGGAUUGGAGGAAUUGCAACUGCGGGAAGAAUCGUCCAACGAGGAGGGAUCGGUUUUGAGCGUUGGCCAGUUCUACGACCGCUUAAGGGAAAGCCAUCUUGGUGACGUUUUGGACGGUUCGAUUCCGGAGGAUGUGAGUCACGGCUGUUUGAGGCCAACGUUGAGACCAUACCAGACGCAGGCCAUCCGAUGGAUGUUGGACAGGGAAACGGUCCGGAAGACUUUACCCGCGCAGUAUUUGAAGCUGAAGUGCAGCAACGUUGAGGAUGUGGAUUUCUUCAUGUAUUUGGAUAGUGGCGAAGUGGUGGACGAGAUGCCGCGCGAAAUUCCGAUACCUCCGGGAGGGAUCUUGGCCGAUGAGAUGGGAAUGGGCAAGACCGUUGAGAUAUUGGGGCUGAUGCUGUAUAAUCGGAAAAAGAAGCGCAAGUUGUUGGAGUUGGAAGAAUCAGAAGGAAACUUCUUUGAUGAAGAAAUACACAAAAAAGAAAUCAGGUGUAUCUGCGUAAGAGAUUCAAAGAAGAACCUCAUAACUUGUAGGAAAUGCGGCUUGAGACAACACAAAAAAUGUGUACUGAAGCACAGCGAACAGGAACCGGAACGGUACAUUUGUCCGGAAUGUUGGAGAUCGGAGCCGUUGGUUGAAGCCGGAACGACGAUCAUUGUUUCACCGGUGUCCAUCAAAAUGCAGUGGGCCUCGGAAAUAACCAAGCACAUCAACGACCCCUCGUUCAAAGUUUUCAUCUACGAAGGCGUUUCCACGAGUGGAUGGAUCAGCCCAACUGAUCUGGCCAAGUACGACGUGGUCCUCACGGAUUACAACGUGUUGAAAAUGGAGAUUCAUUUCGUCGCUGAAAACGAGCGAACCUCUCGCCAUGUGAAACGUUUCCUUAGACCGGUUUCUCCGUUGCCGUUGAUUCGAUGGUGGCGCGUUUGUCUGGAUGAGGCCCAAAUGGUGGAAGGUGUCCACAAUCAGACGACCAAAAUGGUCAAAACGCUUCCGGCUGUCCACCGCUGGACGGUUACCGGCACCCCGAUCGAGAAAAGCAUGGACAAUUUGUACGGGUUGGUUCACUUCCUGGAUUACGCGCCGUACAACGAUUACCGGAUUUGGUUGAAGCUAAGUCGGAUGUUUUACCAGGGCAAUCCACGUCCUCUGCUGCACGUCAUGUCGCGCAUUAUGUGGCGCACGUGCAAGGUCGCAGUUCUGGAUCAGCUCGGCAUUCCACCGCAGACGGAAGUGAUCCACUAUAUCACGAUGUCGGAUUUGCAGAACUUUUUCUACCGGAUGGAACACGCCAAGUGUGCCACGGCUUUCCGUGAGAAGGCCAAUAAACUAGCAAGGGAGGAUACGAGUAUGGCUCGUAUGAACAUUCAAACGCUAAAUUUGCUAAUGGAACCGAUGCGCAAACUUCGUCAGGAUUGCAGUAUUCCGUCCGUUUUGCACCGUUCGGAUCAGCUGACGACGAAGAAGAUGCUCACGCCGACCGAACUCCACGAACACCUGGUCACCAGCAAUGAGAUGGAUUGCAAAUCGCAACUUCGUUCCGUCGUGUCCAGCAUAAACGGAAUGGCCGCCAUCCACGUGAUCCGCAAGGAGUACGAUCAGGCCAUCAAAAUGUACAAAUCGGCACUUCGGUGGGCUGAGGACUACCAGGGGACGAUCAGCGUCGAUUCUCUGCUUCAGAUCCAUGCGCUGCAUAACAUUCUAGAGGUCAUGCGGAUGCAAGAGCAAGACGGAGGACAGAUAUUUUUGGAAGAAGUCAAAGACUACGAAGAACGAUGUGCUAAGCUGGAGUGGAAGUACAUCGAAACGUACUCGAAUAUCGUCAAAGGCGUGGAGCUGGAACUUAAGCCAACUACGGAGAAAAUCCGAGAGGUGACCAGCAAUCUGAGUGGGAAAAUUGAUGGUCGCUGGUGGAGAAGCGUGCUUUAUCGAGUGGAUAGAGAUGCCGUUAAGGCCGCGAAUUUGCUUCUUAAAUUGAACGUCGAAAUCCGCAAUCAUGACGUCACGGCAAGACAGAUCGAUACUGUGCGAGGCUUGGACUAUACUCUAACGGUGUGGCUGGACAAAUUGGCCCAGAAUCGAGCGCAACUGCAAAAAGCCUUCAAAUCCAUUGACUACUUUGUAACGAAUCUCAAGCCAAAGCACUUGUGGCCUGCCGACGUUAAGGAUCCCAUUGAAAAGCUGGUGCAAACUGCGUUCUUGUGCCAUCUGGAUCCGGAACUGCCGGAUUUGCCCGUCCAGGAGCGGAUGAAGCGACCGACUUGUGUGCUGUGCAACGUGAAAUCGGACCUAACGCAGUACGAGUGCGUAAUUUUCCAGAUGGAGCUUGUUGAAGAUGGACCGGCUACGAAAACGAAAGGUUCCUGGCAAAUGACGGUCCAGGAACUGCUUCUCCGACAGAUUCAUGCAUUCUCCAAAAGAGACAGUUUGGAUCCUGAAAUCCUCGAGGAAGGUGACCUCUAUCUUGCUUAUGUGGAUGCCCUGAAAGCCGAGUUCAAACAGUAUUCCAAGUAUUGGGUCGAGAUCAACUACACAGCCGCAGCCUAUGAUGAGCUGAACAUGUGUCGAUCUAGAAUGCAGGUGGUGACCGUUGAGGAGCUGGAGGAAAGUAACACUCGCAAAACCAUCCAACAGAUACUGGACUGCGAGGUGGACGAAACUCUGGAAGAUUUUAAGGCACAGAAAAUGAACUCGGAGCGGGAAUUCGUUCGUCUGAAAGGAACGCUCAAGUACCUUCAACAUCUGGGCAGCGCGAAGGAGAUCGACGUGUGUCCAAUUUGCCAGUACACUCCGAAGGAUAAGUACGCGGUGCUGCAGUGUGGCCACCACUUCUGUGUGGCGUGUGCGCCGGAAAUUCUGCGGAUCGCCCGGAAUCAUGGAAAUAUCAUAGCAUGCGUCGUUUGUCGUCAUCGGCAGCGAGUACCGGACAUCUACUACGUAACCUGCUCACAGCAGGAUUGCUCCGAGGAGGCAAUCACAGUGCGGGGCAACUUCUCCAGCAAAAUCGUCAAAAUCGUGGAAACCAUUCUUCAACUGAAGCACCAAGAACCCCAGGUAAAAAUCAUAAUUUUCUCCCACUGGGAUCCGAUUCUGACGAUGUUGGCGCGAGCACUGGACCAAAACGACAUCACUUACCGUGCAAAAACCUCCAAGUUCUACAAAGGCGUUGAAGAGUUCAAAGACUAUAGCAAAGAAAUAACCUGCAUGCUGCUUCCCCUCAAGUACGGUUCCAAAGGGCUCAAUCUGACGGAAGCGACGCACGUCUUUCUGGUGGAACCAAUUCUCAACCCCGGAGAGGAACUGCAGGCCGUUGGUCGCGUGCACCGAAUUGGCCAAACCAAGCCAACCUUCGUGCAUAGAUUUAUCGUACAGCAAACCAUCGAGGAAACCAUCCAUCGAACCAUCCAGAACGACCAGAGCGGACUCUGGAGCUCGAAGCAGGUCACCGUUCGGCAUUUGGAGCAGCUUUUCCAGCUGGAAGACGACGAAAUCGUUCUCUAUUAGAAUGCGUCAAAUUCGUUUUAUUCAUUCCGAUCAAAUACAAAAAAAGCUUCAUUGUUAGUUCAAA